CACCGUUUUAAACUUGUAAGCCGUUGAUAGGAGUGGUGGGCGCAUCAGUCCAGGGAUGACACUGAAAGAGGAGAUGGGAUACCUUUCAUUGGACUAAACUGAGAUUACAAUUUAGUUCGAAAGGAUGAUCAAUGACGUCACGUUUCACCUGUACCGGUAUCUCCGCUUCCGGCCACAGAGCGGCGUAUUCGAAAUCCUGUUUACAUUUUGUUUGUUCUUGUGCUGAACAAUUUACAAAUAUGUAUCACUUACUUACCUUUUUACUAGCUCAGAGAAAAGUGGUACUUAAGGCACAACUGUGAAAACCUUUAAUUAUCAGCGAUGAGAAGGAAAUGGUUGUGAUCACUAUUCUGAGCUUCAGCAUGGUACAACUUAUCUGCACGUUUUCAUGCUUUUCUGGUGCAUGAAGAGACGAUGAAAUGUGGCUUACAAAUAUUCGAGAGAUAAAUUCACAGUCACUAAACACACGGAAGUUUGCAGUCGGCAUUUUGUUUAGAAAUACCUAACUGAGCCAACACCAGGAGGCUGCAUCAUUCGCUGUUCCAGUUCUGUUUCACUGGAAUCAGUAUCCUUGUCUGUGUUGGUCUCCAAGGGUUUGCAGGCUGUGACGUGUUCAUCCGGUUGUACACACGUCACCAUCUCCAUUUCUACUCACGGCAUUGAGAUCUGCUUGGAUAAUUUUUGGGGGUCUCCUGCCGUGUCCUACAGCCAGGUAGAGGAUCUUCGAUCCAAGAUUGAUCCAGGAGACCUGCUGACUGACUGGUUUGUUAUGAACAGUUUGAGGACAAACACACACCCUGCGUAUGAAGGUGUUUUGAAAAAUAGCAAAUUAUUUGAGGACCUGAAUGUUCAUUGUUCAGACUGGUGUUUGAAAUGGCCGAUACUGCUGAGAUAUUGCAGGAGUUGGACUCCAUUGAGAAUGAACUGAAGGCAGUGGAGCUACAGAUUAGUGAUCUUCAGGAACAUCAGAGGGAUCUGAAUGCCAGCAAGGACCGGUUGCAGAAGAAGCUGAAACAGUGCACCAAGGAUGCAGGGCCAAGCAAAAAGUUGGACUUGCAAAGCUUCACUAAGCAAGAUUUCCCUUGGUCCAAGAAGGUUCAGAAAGCUCUCGGAAUGUUCAAACUCUCCGCAUUCCGGCCCCUGCAGCUCGAGACCAUCAACAUCGCCAUGUCUGGGAGGGACGUGUUCCUGAUCAUGCCCACCGGAGGAGGGAAGAGUCUGUGCUACCAGCUGCCAGCGGGCUGCUCCGAGGGGUUUACCUUGGUAAUUGCUCCACUGGUUUCCUUGAUAGAGGACCAGCUUAUGAGUUUGGAGAAGUUAGGGAUUUCAGCAGCCACGAUUAAUACAUCUAGCUCAAAGGAACAUGUUAAAUCAGUUCAGAAUGCGAUGCUUGACAAGACGUCUAAUAUGAAACUGCUAUACGUCACCCCGGAGAAAAUUGCUAAAAGCAAAAUCUUCAUGUCCAACCUGGAAAAAGCUUACAAUGCUGGCCGGCUGACACGGAUUGCAGUGGAUGAGGUGCACUGUUGCAGCCAGUGGGGACAUGACUUCAGACCAGACUACAAGGUCCUUGGUACCCUGAAACGACAGUUCCCAAGCGUUCCUUUGAUCGGACUGACUGCGACUGCCACCAACAGCGUGCUCAAGGACUGCGAGGAAAUCCUGUGCCUCAAAGAUACCAUUACGCUGUCUGCUUCGUUCAAUAGGCCUAACCUUUAUUAUGAGGUACGUCUGAAACCGUCAAGCACUGAAGAUUUCACUGAAGACAUUGUGAAAUUAAUCAAUAAGAGAUACAAAGAUCAGUCAGGUAUAGCCACGGAAUACAUUUCAAGCAGCGAUGGAAUACAUGGCCCAGCUCCAAUAUAUCUAUUUACAGUAUAUAAUAAAACAUUUCAACCAUGCAAUGAAGCAAUAUUAAUUUGGUAUCUUGCUCCCAGGUGUCGCCGCGUGCUGAUCGCAAAGCAUUUUGAUGAAGUGUGGGAUACAAAGCAUUGCAACAAGAUGUGUGAUCAAUGCCGUCAUAAUCCAUCCUCGGAGUCAGUGGACGUGGCAGACCACUGCAGGGACCUGCUUCAGAUCCUACAGCAGGCUCAGCAGAUGGAUGAGAAGCUCACUCCGCUGAAGACCAUCGAUUCCUGGAUGGGGAAGGGAGCUGCCAAGCACAGGGUCGUGGGCGUGCCUCCGUCCAGCCUCCCCAGACUGGAGAUGGAGAUGGUCAUCGCUCACCUGCUGGUGCAGCAGUAUCUCAGAGAGGAUUUUAGCUUUACUCCAUAUGCUACAAUUUCCUACAUCAAAUUGGGCCCGAAGGCUGAUCUGCUGAAGAACGAGAAGCACAAGAUCAUGAUGCAAAUGAAGAAGUUCACAAACGUUGAUCCAGUAAAGUCCUCUAUGGAUUCCAAGACACAGUCUGCCCAUACAAGCGCACAAGGAGGAGGAGGAGGAGGUAUAAAUAGUGCAGGAAUAAAGAAGGAUGGGGGGCAGCGGAAAAGAUCACUUCCUGCCGAUGCCGGAAAUCCAAGAAAAUCAAGGAAGUGAUUGACCAGGAGAACAAGAAAAGAUGAUGUAUUGCCACCGAUAUCUGAGGCAGAGAGCUCUCCUACAUUGGCUAUUAGGGACAACCCCUCUGUACAAAAGAGAAAAAAAUCAACAAAGAAAACAAGAAACCUGCAGCGUGAC